CUAGAGUCCAGUGAUGGCGUGCUUUACACCACUGCAUCCAAAGCAUUGCAUUGCACUUGGUCAUGUAAGGCUUGGAUGCAGCUGCUUGGCCAUGGAAUCCCAUUCCAUGAAGCUCUCUAUGCACUGUUGUUGUGCUAAUCUGAAGGCCACACAAAGUUUGGAGGUCUUAAGCUAUUGACUCUGUAGACAGUUGGCGACUUCUGUGCACUGUGCGCUUCAGCAUGCGAUAACCCCACUCUGUCAUUUUACAUGGCCUACCACUUUGUGGCUGAGUUGCUGUUGUUACCAGUUGCUUCCACUUUGUUAUAAUACCGCAAACAAUUGACCGUGAAAUUUUUAGUAGCAAGGAAAUUUCACGGAUGGACUUAUUGCACAGUUCUUUCACAAAUGUUUGUAGAAUCAGUCUGCAU